AUGGCAAGACCUCUUCAGUUGCCUUAUGGUUUAACAACAUUUAAAGAAGGAAGUCUUCGGGCUAUUGAUCAAGAAAAAAUUGCUGCUUUUGAGCGUGCAACACCAAAAAAAACUGCAUAUGAUAAGGCGAGAGAAGAAGCUAAUGCAAAGAAAAAAAGAGAAGAAGAAGAAACGAGAGUAAUAUAUGAGGAUUUUGUAAAGAGCUUUGAUGAUGGAUCAGGAGAGUAUAACAUAAAAUCUUUAUCUCCAAAUUCUACGAGAGGUAUUUCAUGUAGUAAGCGUCAUUUUGCUGAAUCAUCUUCUAAUACGGAAGCUGGAUUAAGUCGAAAGAGGAAUUUGGAUAACUUUCUUGAAGAGAUUAAAAGUAUUCAACAAAAGGAAAUUCUUAGAAUUGCACGUACUACUAAUACGGGAAUUUUUUCUAUGGAAAAGUGUGAUGAUUGUUUUGAUUCUUCUCAUCCUCGAAGUCUUCAUUUGACUUCAUUACCACCCUCAACUACACAACAAUCUCUUUCAACAUUACUUUUGCCGUAUGGAAAAAUUACAUCUAUCAAUAUUCUUCCUUCAAAGUCUACUGAUGAUCAAUUUAAAAAAGGAGUUUCUGCUUUUGUAACUUUUGAAGAUCCUAAAAAUGCAGAAAAGGCUAAGAGUAAUAUUGAUGGAACAUAUAUUGGGGAAGGUUGGCGAGUAAAAGCUGUAUGGGGAAAGGAGCUAAAAUCAUUUACUUAUGUUGAUAGUCAUAAGACUAAACUUCCAUUUGAUGCUAAACAAGGAAUAAUAGGUUUUAAUCGAGCACCUCCUCCAGGAGGAGUAACUAAUGGAAGAUUUAAUCCUUUAUCUAUGCUAAAUAGGAUUGAAGUGGUUGUUUCAAAGCCUAAGGAUUUGAAAUUAUUAAGAAGAAUUCAUAGAGUAAUUGAGAAAAUUAUUGAGCAUGGUGUAGAGUUUGAGGCAUUUCUUAUGAAAAGAGAGUAUGAUAAUCCUGAUUAUGAGUUUUUGUUUGAUUCAACUACUUCUGAACAUAUUUAUUAUAGAUGGAAGUUGUUUUCUUUAUUAAAUGGCGAUUUUCCAUAUAAAUGGUCCAAAGAACCUUUUCAAAUGUUUACAAAUGAAGCAUGGUGGGUGCCUCCUGAAAAUACUGAUGAUGGUGAUGAUGAGUUUGCCGAUGAUAUUUCUGAGAAAAGAAAACAGAUGACAUAUUUAGGUUCUGUUUCUAGAUCUCAUUUUGAUUGGUUGUUGCGCGAAAUUUCUUAUCGUCGCGGAAAUAUUGCUAGGGCUAUGUCAUUUGCAAUAGAGCAUGCUAAUGCUGCUGAUGAGAUUGUUGAAAUAUUAAUAUCAUCAUUAAUACAACCACAUGUUCCUAUCUCUACUAAAAUUGCAAGAUUAUAUUUAGUUAGUGAUAUUUUGCAUAAUUCAUCUAUUGCAAUUCCUAAUGUUUGGAAAUAUAGACAAUUACUAGAACAAAAUUUAGGUGUAGUUUUUAAACAUUUUUCUGAAAUCUAUAAAUCAUUUGAUGGGCGUAUUAAAGCAGAUAAUUUUCGUCGACAGGUAGUAAAUAUUACUAGUGCUUGGGAGAGCUGGAUAGUUUUUGGACAGGGUGUUUUAGAAAAUUUUUUGGAAAUUUUUCUUGGUAACAAGGAAAAGUCGGAGUUAGAUGAGGAUUUUCUGUCUAAUGAUUCAAAAUUUAAUAAAUCUUCUCAAAUUGUAAAAUCUAAUUUCGUAAGAUCUGGGUGGAAGAGAAUUACGGAUAAUUUAACUGACGAUCGUUUGAAUAUUGAUUAUGGCCUUUCUACUCAGGAAAGCGAGAAUACUAUAAAAAUUGAUAACUUGGAUUCUCAAAAAAAGAAUGAUACAAAUAGGAAUUUUGAUAAUAAAUCUAUAGAAAAUUUAGAUGAUGAACCUAUGGAAAAUUUAGAUGGUGAACCUAUGGAAAAUUUAGAUGGUGAACCUAUGGAAAAUUUAGAUGGUGGAUCUACGAAAAAUUUAGAUGAUAAGUCUAUAAAUAGUAUAAACAAGAAAUCUUCUGCAAUGAAUGACUGUAACAUUGCAAAAAAUGUUUCGGAAGAAAAGUCUUUAUUUUUAGAAAAUUCACAAAAUCGUUCAAUAAAAUUCGACUUUUCUAAAGGAAAAAGUCAGGUUACAGCUUUAAAAUCGUCAAAUUCAUUUAAUAAUUUUCAAGAUAAAAAUUUAGAUAAUUUUUUGUUACUCAAAACACAGAGCUCAGAUUCAUUAAGGCAUUUUCCAAAAAGAAUGAAAGCAUCUGAUGGUUUUGGUAACUAUAAUUUGAAAUAG